ACCCGAGCCGAAGGCGGUCGCCCAACCAACUGAGCCACCCAGGCGCCCCUCAUCCCACUUUCUUUAACUGGGAUUUGUGUCUCCCGUUUCUGUCACUUCUUCCAAAGCGUCCCUCUUUUCUUGUUCCAGCCCACACGGGUCUUGUUUUGUACCUGUAAGAUGUUCAUAAGCACUUUUAAUACACACUUUGAGAAAUUUCUUUCACUUCGCCUGUGAAGGGCGGUUACCCUGUUUCAGAGGUGCGGAAACAGACUCAGGAGAGGUAAGGCUGGGCCCAGGAGCCAGGAUUGAACUCAGGACUCUGCACUCGGCAAAGCUUUUCACACACACGGGUCCUCAAACACAGAGCUUCUCCCUGCCCCAAAGCUCUCCGCCCUGGCAGGAAGAUUAGGGACCCAUCUAAAAGAGGCAUUUUAGAUUGGCAUUUUUGAUGGGCAUUUUAGAUACUAAAUCCAAGACCUCAGGAGCUCAUGCCAUCUCCUACCAUCUCUUUGCAUUGCAGCCCUGCGUGCUGGGAGUGUCCGACGCGGAGGACGGCGUGCUCAAAGGGCUGAGCUCUUUGGGUUCCGUGGAAGGUGGCAUGGGCUGACCUGGAACUGACCUGCAUGACCAGCAAAGGAGCCGCCCGGCAUGCUCUGCCCACCGCUCGCCGAGGUGCCUGACCAUGAGCCUCAACUCCUCCCUCGGCCACAGGAAGGAGCUGAGUAACGGCACGCACGGGGACACGCACGGGGACGGUGGGGCCGGGGGCGGGGCCAUCGCUGACUUCGUCACCAUCGUCCUCAUCGCUGUUUCCGUCGGCCUGGGCAACCUGCUCGUGGUGCUCACCUUGUACAAGAAGCCCUACCUGCUCACCCUCAGCAACAAGUUUGUCUUCAGCCUGACCCUGUCCAACUUCCUGCUGUCCGUGCUGGUGCUGCCCUUCGUGGCCACCAGCUCCGUCCGCAGGGAAUGGGUCUUCGGUGUGGUCUGGUGCAACUUCUCGGCCCUCCUGUACCUGCUCAUCAGCUCGGCCAGCAUGCUGACCCUCGGGGUCAUCGCCGUGGACCGCUACUACGCUGUCCUGUACCCCAUGGCGUACCCCAUGAAGAUCACGGGGAACCGGGCUGUGAUGGCUCUGGUCUACAUCUGGCUUCACUCCCUCGUGGGCUGCCUGCCGCCUCUGUUGGGCUGGUCGUCCGUGGAGUUCGACGAGUUCAAGUGGAUGUGUGUGGCCGCGUGGCACCGGGAGCCCGGCUACACGGCCUUCUGGCAGAUCUGGUGCGCCCUGUUCCCCUUUCUGGUCAUGCUGCUGUGCUACGGCUUCAUCUUCCGGGUGGCCAGGGUCAAGGCGCGCAAGGUGCACUGUGGCACGGUGGUCCUGGCGGGGGAGGACGCCCAGCGGGACGGGAGGAAGAACUCCAGCACCUCCACCUCCUCGUCCGGCAGCAGGAGGACCGCCCUGCAGGGCGUGGUCUACUCGGCCAACCAGUGCAAAGCCCUCCUCACCAUCCUGGUGGUCCUCGGGGCCUUCUCCGUCACCUGGGGCCCCUACAUGCUUGUCAUCACCUCCGAGGCCCUCUGGGGGAAGAACUCCGUCUCCCCGGCCCUGGAGACCUGGGCCACGUGGCUGUCCUUCACCAGCGCCGUCUGCCACCCCCUGAUCUACGGGCUCUGGAACAAGACGGUCCGCAAGGAGCUGCUGGGCAUGUGCUUUGGGGAUCGGUACUACCGGGAGCCGUUCGUGCAGCGGCAGAGGACGUCCCGGCUCUUCAGCAUCUCCAACAGGAUCACAGACCUGGGCCUGUCUCCCCACCUCACAGCGCUCAUGGUGGGCGGACAGCCCCUCGGGAACAGCAGCAGCACGGGGGACACCGGCUUCAGCUGCUCCCAGGACUCAGGUAGGCCUCCCGCUGCCGGGGUUCUGUGCCUUGGUUUCCCCGUAACACGGGGACUUGAGAUCCGUUCUCCCCCACACAGGGCUGUUGACAGGGCCCCGGGGAGGGGAACGUGUGCAGGGUUCACGUGCGGGGGACCGGGAGCUGUCCCCAUCCGUGUCGGCCGGCCGGCCGGACCGGCGCGUGUCCCGCUGCUGGCGGUCUGUGUCCGAAGGGCCUUUUCCGAGCUGGGCUCUCUUGGGCAAGAGUGUCCUCUCCUUCUCUGCCCCGGAGCAUCUCCGCUUGUGAGUCGGGAGAGUCCUCCGUCUGUCACAGGGCCUUGUCACCCCCCCCGCCCCCCCCAGGGAUCCUGUGGCCCGAGCGCCUCUGUCCCUGCCGGCUGCGGGCGUCCCUCGCAGCAGAGGCCUCCGCUCUCCACCCCGGGGCCCGUGCGCUGGGCUGAUGGUCCCGGCGGUUGGCGCCGUGUCCGCCGCCGGGAGCUCCGGAAAUCUCAUCCCGGCCCUGACCUGCUUCUCCUGGCCGCGGCCUGUGCCGCGGAACUCGGGGGCCGGCCGAGGGCCAAGACGGAGACGCCGCCUGUCGUCAACGGUGCUCCGGAGGCAGAACGUUCCCUGCGAACGUCUGUUGCCCGUCGUCCGUCGCCCGCCAGCCGGUGGGUCGGCCGCUGGCCACAGGCCCCGCUGGUUCUGAGUCCCUCGCGGGAGCUGAAGGAAAGGAAAGUCUCUGGGUCCCUCCCAGGCUCCUUCCUGUUGCCCGCAGCCCGCGGGGGCCGUGAGCCGCGGACGGACGUUCAUUUGCGCAGUAGAUGUUCGUCUGGCCAGGCCCUGCGCCAGCUUCUAGAGGUGGAGCGGCGAGCUGCCCUUCUGGAGCUUUCUGCGGGCUGGGGAGGUGGGUCGUUGCCGCGUGCUCCUGCCCUGAGGGGAAGACCAUGAACUGGCGGGGGAGGGGAGCGGAGGAAGCCGCCGCCCUUUGCGGGGUAUUUGGGGAGGAGACGUAGAACAGCUUCUCUGAGCGGGACACCGUGGAGGACGAGGAGGAGGCCAGGCAGGAGGAGGAAGGGGUCGGCCUCAACGCCUGGAGAAGGAGCGCGGCCCGUGGGUCACCCGCAGCCGGCGUGCGGGAGUGUGAGCCCGACCCCUCGCCGGCUGCGCCUCGUCAGGAAUGACCGGACCGACGGAGCACCGCUGGGCACCUAGCGCUGUGCCACACGCGUCCCCGCGUCCUCACCGGCUCUGUGAGGGGCCUGGAGGCUCCGAGGGAUUCGGUCGCCUGCGCAGCCCCCGGGGCCCUGUGGAGCGUGACCCGGCGGGCUGACCGCGGGCGGAGGCCGGCCCGAGAAGCGUCCUUCCCGCAGGCCGCGUGGUGCCGCCUUUGCAGCCUGCCCUGACCCCGGCGCAGCAGGAGGCGCCCACGCUGCCCCGUCUUCCUCGCUCCGGGGCGCGGGGCCGUGAAGGGCUGCAGGCCGGAAGGCACGAGGCUGGUCCCAACAUUCGCCCCCGUGUUGCGCCGGGUCCCCUCUCAGCCCGGAACCCCCACACCCCUGCUCUGCCAGCUCUCUCUGUAGGACCCCCUGCCUCUCUGCCUUUGUUUCCCCACUUUUUUGAGGGGUUUAUUUUUCAGUUCUUUUUUGAUCUCCAAAGAACUCUACAUUUUCAAGUUUUAAAUGUUUAUUUAGCACAGCGUAUUUUUCACAACGAUGGAAAUCCAGACACAAAGCUCCCUGUCAUAGGGCCCUGCCCCCCCAGUCCCAGGCCUGGCUCAGUGCCCCGAGUCACCUGUCGAAUGUCACCUGUGUCUCUGGGUAGCACGCCGUGCUCCUCACGUCCGCCGCGGCCCCUGAAAUGAGGGGCGGCACCCGUGUGUCUUGGGCAGACGGUGCAGGCGGGAGACGCGGCUGUUGGCGGGACUGAACC